CGCCCUCAUCCUGUUGUCUUCGCGCCAUGGCCUCCAGAGUCGCUAUCAGCUCCCUGAGAGCCGCAGCACGACCGCGAGCGGUUGCUGCCGUCCCCCAGGUUUUCCAAACCCGCUCCAUGGCGAGCUCUUCGAACCCCACCCCUCCCUCUGAACGUGCCGCUGAGAUCAUCGACAAGCUCCCCUCUUCUCCGAACUACAUCACCAAGGCCGGAACCGCUAUCCUUGGUACCGGUGUCGUUGCUGCCGCCAUCUCCUCGGAGCUGUACGUCCUCAGCGAUGAGACCGUCCUCCUGGCUGGUUCGCUCAUUUUCUUCACGCUGGUGGCUCGUGCUAUCCGUCAGCCGUACAGUGACUGGGCCGACGCGCAAGUCGCUCGUAUCAAGGGCAUCUUGGAUGCGGCUCGCAACGACCACACCUCGGCUGUCAAGGACCGCAUCGACAAUGUUGCAAAGAUGAAGGACGUAGUCUCCUUGACCAAAGGUCUCUUCUCGCUGUCUAAAGAGACCGCCGUUCUCGAGUCUGACGCUUUCGUGCAAAAGCAAAAAGCAGCCAUUGCUGCCGAGAUCAAGGGUGUUCUCGACAGCUGGGUCCGCUACGAACAGCAGCUCAAGGAGAGCGAGCAAGCCGAACUGACCAAGACCGUCAUUGACAAAGUUCUCGCCGCUACGAAAGAUGAGAAGACUCAGAAGGAGAUUUUGAUGGGUGCGGUUGCCGAGAUAGAGCUGCUCGUUAAAAACAAGUCGAUCUAGUACUUGUUUUAGAGCUGCAAUAGACAAUCACGCUCUGUGCUCAUUCGACGCUCCUGGGAAAUGCCGUAUUUUAAGAACAUGAGCAUGAUGGUAUCUGACAUUGUCUUCGAUGGAUGAGAAUCACCCAAAUCAGGUCCUCCCUUGAAUAUCAUGCAGCUUGAUUAUGAGCAGACUGUCUUCCGACCCUUGCUUCAUAGCUAUGCUGCCACGAUACUCUUAACAUUUCACACCCGUUAAUUUUCGCCGCUGAAUAGCAGUUGGCAUUGUGACGAGAGUCCGGCCGACUAUCUCCGGAUUGCAACUGGAUAGAUUGCGAAGGUCUUCGAAUCGUUGCUGAGACUUGGUGCUUGACGACGACCACGAGCGAGUGCGUCUGCCCAGUGCUGCAUCGACAAGGCAUGCGCCUGCGUUCAUGGGAUCGGCGGCUUGGGGCUCAUCUUGUGCUCUUCUUGUCACUAUGCUCCAGUCUCCGUGCGACGUCUGUGAAUGUUUCAGUGUCGAAUACGUCCCCGGAAAUCAUUUACACUCCGUUCCUAUGUGAUUCGGCGGCUAGUUUGGCGGCAGAUCCGGGGUGCGAAGGCGCAUGGAAUGCUACACAGAUAGGGGACAUCCCUACGGUAUCUUCAACGGGACCGGGAGUCGAUGGCGGAAAUUUGGUACCGCAGAUGUUCAUGUCGUUCCGAGCGUCGGCGCUGUAUAUGUCGACUUCCGUUCUAUCCAAUGCAGUGGCCAAUUUCACUGUGUCUUCCGGGGGAGUUACCGAGAGCCGGCAGGUCGACACGUCCACUGGGCUCAUCGCCGUCGUCAACUUGAACGAAGGCAAUCUGUCGAUGACGACCGUCACUUUCGUUCCCUCUCCCGAUAACGCAACGCGACUGGACAUUGGGUCGAUUAUUCUGACUGUGACGGACCCGGACACCACCGCAUCUUUCCUGCCGACCAAGUCACUUCCACCAAGCGCGACAGUGGCGUCCUCCUCUGCUUCCGCAGCAUCUGCGUCGGCGUCUUCCCCGGCAUCGCGAGGCCUUCCACAUCGUGCCGAAAUCGGGGAGGCGCUAGGCAUUGUUCUGAGCAGUGGAGUCGGGUUGUCGAUUAUCGUGAGCACGUUGGUAUACUGGUGGUGUCACUCGAGGAAGAGGCGCACUGAACGGACAGAUACUAUCCCAGAGUGGUCGUCCUGAUACUUCUGCCGCGGGACAAUGUGAACUCUCUGUAAUGUUAUCCUUGUAAUACUUGGCCUAGUAUCUGUAUUGUGUGAUCAGACGUAGCGGUACUGCCAGCGGGAGGUGGUGCCACGAUGAUGCCAAGACGCGACUCGCGUUCUAGUCACAUCACAUGCUAUCUGUCACGCAUAGGCGUUUUGUAGAUUUCUUGCCGCACCCCACUAUUCUAUGGCACUUGAUCUCCCCGUCAACUGCGACCCCCCACGUCUCGAAUUCUGAUAGGAAUUUGAGUCAGCCGCAAACUCAUUGAGGGGUGAACGCACAGCCCGUGACGGGUGACACUCGCGGUCCCGUAGAAUGACUGCACUGCUGUGACGCAGGCCUUCGAUCCAUCUAUAUGAAGCGCCAGAAAAGCCACGCACCUACAACCCACCCGCAAACUCACAGCAUGACCGCCAUCUAUGGGCUUUUCUACUACCACGAGUAUCAGGCGAUCUCAGCUCCGCUCCUCGCGGUGCACGCGUCCGCACAGAUCAAGGAGCUUGCCGCGCAAGUAACGCUGACGCAGACGUACGCCAACGACGCCGGCGUCCCCAUCGAAGCGCGGUAUGUGUUCCCCGUCCCGAACCGUGCCGUGGUGUCGAGCUUCACGAUGGUGCGGGAGGAUGGGAGCAAGAUCGUGGGGAACGUGAAGGAGAAGCAGGAGGCGAGGGCGGUGUAUGAGGAUGCGCUUGCGUCGGGGCGACAUGCAGGCUUGUUAGAGCAGUUGGGACCAGAUACAUUCCAUGUGUCGGUGGGAAAUAUCCAGCCCGACGAACAAGUCCAGAUCGAGCUUGUCUAUGCUACGGAGCUCACGGAGGACGAAGACAGUGAUUCCAUCCGUUUUCAUCUUCCGGUGCACAUUGGUUCUCGGUACGGCGCUGCCCCGCAGCCCACAGCUCCGAAGUAUCAACUACAAAACGUUUGGAUCAAGUCCUCCCCCGACCCUUUCUUGACCAUCACCACGGAUGUUGAAUCAGCGUCACCUAUUUCGAAAAUAGGCAGUCCCUCGCAUACGAUCUCGACGGAACUCGGUCCAGAUCCAUUGUUGCCUAAUCACCAAGAGCUGCCGUUCUCAAACUUCGCGCGCGUUUCGCUCUUUUCGGAUACAGUAUUGGACAGAGACUUUGUGUUGACGGUCAAAUCUGCGGGACUGGACACUCCUCGAUGCAUCGCCGAAAUGCAUCCUGUCCACAACACAGUCGCGUUGGGACUGACGCUAGUCCCACGGUUCACUCUUCCCGACCUGUCGCGACAGGAAUUUGUCUUCCUCGUCGACCGGAGUGGCUCUAUGCGUGGACAGCGUAUGAAGGCGGCCACCAAGGCACUUGUGGUGAUGCUGAGGGCACUGCCGCACCAGGACUGUCUAUUCCAGAUCGCGUCCUUUGGAAGCCGGACAUCUCUCCUGUGGCCGUCGGGAAGCAGAGCGUAUAAUCAAGCCACUCUGGAGGAGGCGACCCAGCACGUUGACAGGAUGGCUGCAGACUAUGGAGGAACCGAGAUUCGGAACGCGCUUGCGACGUGCUUUGCCCAGCGGAGGAAGGACAGGCCAAUGAGUGUUCUGGUUCUGACGGACGGAGACGCUUGGGAUCUGGAUGGCGUGCUGAACGAAAUCAAGGCCACCGUGGACUCGCCGCAAGACAAACACGCGCCUGUGCGCGUUUCCGUGCUGGGGAUCGGCAACUCGGCGUCGACGGCGAUGUGCGAAGGGAUUGCCAGAGUCGGGAACGGGACGUGCAUGAUGGUCGGCGAGGACGAGGGCAGUUUCAUGGGCAAGGUCGCGAGGAUGCUGAAGGCUGCGAGGACGCCGCCGAUAUCCGACAUUCGGAUUGAUUGGGGGCGGCGUGUGCGGGAGCAGACCCCUGUUCAUGUCGAGGAUGAUGACUUUGAGGUGGUUGAGAGCGCUGCACCGGAGGAGAAGAAGACGCUGAAUAUCUUCGAUGAGAGCGCCGAGCACUCGCUUGCGUCUGGUGCCCCGCCUCCUCCUCCGGCAGUUGUUCUUGCGCCCUUCUCUGAAAUUCAACAAGCUCCGUUUGAGAUCAAGAGUCUGUACCCUCACAUCCGACUAAACGCCUAUGCUAUUCUCCAAGGCAAAGAAAUCCCGAAAGUGGUCACUCUCCGCGGCACGACGUUCGACGGUGCUGAGAUCGAGCUUCCGGUGACUGUGUCCGUGAGCCACCUGCAGAACAGCCCAGGAGCUCCGCCGGCCAUUCAUUCGCUGGCUGCGCGCAAGCUGAUCCAGGACCUGGAGGACGGACGGCACGCGCUCGGAACAGGCAUUGCCGAUUUCGAUCUCCUCGCGCGGACUGUGAAAGCCAGUGUUGUGCGGCUGGGGACGACGUACUCGAUCGCAUCGACGCAUACAUCGUUUGUUGCUGUUGAGGAGUCGGACCGGACGGCUGCCCGAGACACCGGCCACGCAUUCCACGCAGUUCCAAGCGCGAUGCAGCCCCAACGCGUCCGGGGCUCGUCCCGCAUCAUGUUGAGCCUUGGGGGCGCUAGGUCAUCAUAUAGCCGUGAUCGCGGCCGGUCUGCUCCGAAUGCUGGAAAUUACUCGAGCCAGAUUUGCUCGCUGUCCGGUUCGCCUCCGUCCCAGGGGGCGUACCCUGUGCCACAGCUGCCAGUGGCCAGUGCUUAUUCCCCGAUGUCUUAUCCUAUGGCCCCUGCAGCAGCGUCCUCGAUCUCGGCAGCCGUUCCUCAGUCACAAUUUUUUUCGGGUAUUCUAGAGACUGGAUCGUUCUCCGCGGCGCCGGGUCCUACUCAACGUCGUCGACUCUCCCGUAGAGAUAUGGGACAGAAGACCGCGAUGCCGCAAUCAACAGAGCUGUACGGCUCGAUGUCGGUCCCAGCCAUGUCCAAUGGAGCUUCGAGUGCUGGAGCCAUGGCCGGCCCUGCGGUGGCAGAUUUGGAGCCGAUGGACGCUCUGGAAGCUCUGGCCCGGCUCCAGGCCUUUGACGGCGGGUUUACCCUCCAAGUUCUGGACGUCAUCCAACUCAAACCCGGUAUCACUGCAGACACGAUUCGGAAUGAGCUCAGCUUGAUCGACAGUGUGCUUGCGACGCUGCUUGCCAUGGCGUAUCUGGCCACCAAGUUGGUCGGAGUCGACCGUAAUGCGUGGGAAGGAAUCUAUGACAAAGCGAAGCUGUUUGUUGGCCAAUCCGCUGCACUGGAGAACCAGAUUUCCCUAUGUCUGCUUUGAAUUGUAGGACUUGAAAUUGUAUCGUAUUGUGCUGUAUUGUGUGUAUGUACAACUAUGCGUUUGUUUGCUUCCCCAGUCACGUCGGGUGCUAGUCUCUCAAGCUACAGAGGGGCCAGACAUUAGAAC